UACUAGGUGUCACAAUAAGUUGUUUCUUUUUUAUUUCAGAAACGCAUGUUGCAACCCUGGUGAAAAUCGAGCGUGGUUUUGUUUCGGGAAAUUUCUUCGCCUCUUCUGUUGAGUUGUGUUUGACCUGCCGCAUCGCGUUUUACGUUGAGAAAAUCCAAAAUGGCAGCAAAAGCUUUCAAGAAAUUCCUGCCGCUAUUUGACAGAGUGUUGGUUGAACGAAGUGCACCAGAGUUAACGACAAAAGGAGGAAUUGUUCUUCCUGAAAAAUCUGUCGGCAAAGUUUUACAAGCUAAAGUGGUUGCAAAAGGUCCAGGCACGAAAGACAAAGAUGGCAAACUUAUUCCAAUGAGCGUUGACGUUGGUGAUAGUGUUUUACUUCCAGAAUAUGGUGGCACAAAAGUCUUGCUUGAUGACAAUGAAUACCAUUUAUUCCGUGAUGGAGAUAUUCUAGGUAAAUUUGAGAGUUGAAAACUGCUAUUACCCAUGCAAAAACUGAAAUUUUCCAAUCAUGUCUGGAGCUACCAUCCUUGCAAAAAAACUGGCAGAGCAGCAGUGUUUUUGAAUAAUUACCUAUUGUAAUAUAUUAUCGUAAUUCGCUGAUACAUUUGUGUGUAUACUGCCGCUGUGGUCAUUAAAUCUUUCUACCAA